AUGCUGAGUGACUAUGAAUUAUUUACACAAUUGUGUCUCAAACGUGGAGUUUUUUCACCGUCAGAAAUUUUGGAUGCCAUGAAAAUAGCCAGUUCAACAGGUGAGUUACGUUUGCCAUGUCAGUCAAUAGUAAUACCAGUUUGCGAAAUAAUAAGUCGUGUGUUGAUAUCAAGCUCGACUAUAAAGUCAGUGGACCUGAGUGACUGUAUGCUCAUCACCAAAGGCCUGAGUAAGCUUCUGGAGUCACUUCGCGACGGUACAAAUAUUACAACGCUGAAUUUAAAAGGCAACAACAUCAGCGGGUUGAUAGCCAGCCAGCUCGGAGAAAUUUUCCAGCACAAUAAUACGCUGAAACGUCUUUACUUACAAUGGAACAACAUCGGUUCCGAGGUAGAAGCAUUUGACAAAUUUUGUCAAGGUCUCGCUAUGAAUUACAAUAUUGAAGAACUGGAUUUAAGGUAUAAUCAAAUAACGCCUCAUUGCGCUGACGCUUUAAUGAAUUUGCUGAAAAAAAAUAAAGCGCUGAAAGUUUUAAACCUCGAGUGGAAUACGCUGGGUCUCCAUGGUGGACAGUCCUUGCUGAAUGGUAUAAAAGAUAAUAACAGUAUUACUAAGUUAAACUUACGUGGUAAUUGCGUACCUGAUAGUAUUGUUGAUUUAAUUGAUAACGUAACUCUGAGGAAUCAGAGUAAAAAAUCUAUUACUUCUUCGAAUAUUACUUCUAAGUCUACAGAUAAAUUAACUGGAAAUUGUUUCAGCAAAAAUGAUAAUUGUAUAAUGGUUUUGUAUGAACGUGCUCAUAAAUUAAGUCUUCAAGAUACGGAAAAUAAAUUGAAUGAUUCAGAGUCAGCUGAUGAGUUUAAAUUAAAGGAAUUGGGCUCGAAUUUCAGGAAGAAACGUUUGAGACGUAAAAAAAAUUCAAAGUCGGAUAAAUUAUUAAACUCUAAUUCUGAUUCUGACUCUGAUAGUUCUUUUAAAAUUAAUUACAAUAGUGAUAAAGGAAGUAAGACUGAAUUUAACAAAAUAAUGGAGUUGAAUAAAAUUUUACAUGAUAGAAGUGAGACUAUUAAUGUCUUGACAAAGCAGAUAAAUACCAAGGAUGAAGAAAUAAAAUCCAGUAAUGAGUUAGUGGAGAAACUUAGGUAUGAAAUUGAUGAAUGGAAGAGAAAAUUCGAUGAAAUUGUUGAGGAAAAAAAGAGGGAAGUUCAAGAAUUGGAGGAAAAGCAUAAAAAAAUAGAAGAGGAUUUAAAGAAAAAUUGUAAGACAAUUGAGGAUAAAUAUAAUAUAUGUCUGUUGAAAAAUAAAGACUGGGAAGAAAAAGUCCGUUAUUAUGAGAAGAAUAUUCAUAAAAGCUCGUUGGAGGUAAUUGCGCUGAGAGAAAAGUGGAUGAGUAAGUCCAAAGAUUAUGAAGAUAUCAUUGAGAUUAAGAACACGGAGGUGCAUAAAAUAAGACGAGAGUUCAAGGAGAGAGACAAUAAGUACAAAAUUGAGGUGAAUAUUUUAAAAAGUACGCUUAAAGAAACCACAACCGCGUUGGAAGAUUGUCAGGAUCAAUUACAGAAAUCACGCAAUGAGUUGCGUGAAAUGGCAAGUAGCUUGGCGACUUUCAGAGCUAAGGUUGAUGAGCUGGAGGGCAUUGAUUGUAAGUAUGGUAAAGUGGUAGAAGUUUGCCAGAGGAUUAAAGAUGAGAAGUUUGGUGUUGAAGAAAAAUUAAAUGACGCUCAGAGAAUUAUUGCGGGUCUUAAGAAACGGGUGCAGAGUUUGGAGAGCGAGCUGGUUGAUCCCCAGAGGAAAUAUGAUUUGCUGAAAGGCCAGCUGGAUGAAGAAAGAGAUAAAUCGGCGAGGUUGAAACAGGAGCUAGAAGAUGAAAGAAUGAGGAUUAGGGAUCAAGAUUGCCAGCUGCAGAAAAUGAGCCAGCAGGUGACGGUCAUGUCCGGGCAGAUUAAUGAUAUUCAGAAAAAUUAUGCUGAGGAAUUGAGGGAAAGAGAUAAAGACAUAAAACAACUUAAGGAAAUUAUUGCGGGGAAAGAAAAGGAAUUUAAUGAUUUAAAGGCUGAAGAAGCGCAACGUGCUGGACAUUUACACGCGGCAUUUAACAAGUACCUGAGUUCAAUAGGACCUUGA